AUGGCUCUUACGGAUCUGAAUAAGCAAGCUGACGUCGCCGCUGAGAGCGAAGUUAAGCCCACUACCUCUGUUGAGGCUACCAACCAACAGGAAUCUGGUGCUGGUGAAGCUGAAACCCAAAAGCCCACCGAGGAAGCUGCUUCCGGUGAUGUUUCUGGUGCUGGUACCCCUGGUACUACCACCAGCUCUUUAGCUAACCCCUCUGCUAGCGCUCCCUCUAGUGCUUCCUUAUAUGUUGGUGAACUCGACCCCAGUGUGACUGAAGCUAUGCUUUUUGAGCUCUUUAACAGUAUUGGACCUGUGGCAAGCAUUCGUGUUUGCCGUGACGCCGUUACUCGUCGCUCUUUGGGCUAUGCUUAUGUCAACUUCCACAACAUGGAAGACGGUUCCAAGGCUUUGGACGAGCUUAACUACACUUUGAUCAAGGGCCGUCCUUGCCGUAUCAUGUGGUCUCAACGUGAUCCUUCUUUGCGUAAGAUGGGUACUGGCAACGUUUUCAUUAAGAACUUGGAUCCAGCUAUCGAUAACAAGGCUUUGCACGACACUUUCUCUGCUUUCGGCAAGAUUUUGUCCUGUAAGGUUGCUGUCGAUGAGCUAAGCAACUCUAAGGGAUACGGAUUUGUUCAUUUCGACACUGUCGACUCUGCCAACGCAGCCAUUGAGCACGUUAAUGGCAUGCUUUUGAACGACAAAAAGGUUUACGUUGGUCACCACGUUAGCCGUCGUGAGCGUCAAUCUAAGUUUGAGCAAAUGAAGGCUAACUUCACCAACGUUUACGUCAAAAACCUUGACACUGAAAUCACCGAACAAGAAUUCAGUGAUCUCUUUACUCCCUUUGGUGAAAUCACCUCUCUUUCUUUGGUCAAGGACCAAGCUGACAAGCCCCGUGGUUUUGGUUUUGUCAACUUCGCUAACCAUGAGGAUGCUGAAAGGGCCGUCGAUGAGCUCAACGAUACAGAAAUCAACGGUAAGAAGCUCUAUGUUGGCCGCGCUCAAAAGAAGCACGAACGUGAAGAUGAGCUCCGCAGACGUUAUGAGCAAAUUAAGAUGGAAAAGAUGAACAAAUACCAAGGCGUCAACCUUUUCGUCAAGAACUUGCAGGAUGAAGUUGAUGAUGAGCGUCUUAAGAACGAAUUCUCUGCUUUCGGUACCAUCACUUCCGCCAAGGUUAUGACUGAUGAACAAGGCAAGUCUAAGGGCUUCGGUUUCGUUUGCUACACUACCCCUGAGGAGGCUAACAAGGCUGUUACUGAAAUGAACCAGCGCAUGCUCGCUGGCAAGCCUUUGUAUGUUGCCCUUGCUCAACGUAAGGAGGUUCGUCGUACUCAAUUGGAAGCCCAAAUUCAAGCCCGCAACCAAUUCCGUUUACAACAACAAGUUGCAGCUGCCGCUGGUAUCCCUGCUGUUCAAUACGGUGGUGGCCCUCUCAUGUAUGGCCCCGGUGGUUACCCCAUCCCUGCUGCCGUUAACGGACGUGGUAUGCCCAUGGUUCCUGGUCACAAUGGCCCUAUGCCUAUGUACCCCGGAAUGCCUCCUCAAUUUCCCCCCGGUGUCGCUCCCACUUACCCUGGUAUGAGCCCUCGUGGACCCGCUCCCGUCCCCGCUCAAGGUCGUCCUAUGAUGAUGCCCGGUGGUGUUCCUCAGCCUGAGGCUGCCGAAUCUGCUGUUCCUGAUAUGCCUGAAAGAUUCACUGCUGCCGAUUUGGCUGCUGUUCCUGAGGAGAACAGAAAGCAAGUUCUUGGUGAAUUGCUCUACCCCAAGAUCUUCAUGCGUGAAGAGAAACUUGCUGGUAAGAUUACUGGUAUGCUUUUGGAAAUGCAAGAUUCUGAGUUAUUGGAACUUCUUGAGGAAGAUGCUGCUCUUAGCGAGCGUAUCGAUGAGGCCCUCAAUGUCUUGCACGAAUUUGCCGAUGAAGAGCCUGCCGGUGAGCAAUAA